ACCAAAGAAAUAAAAGUAAGACUCCUUUUUUUCUCUUUUUUGGUUAGAGGGGAAAGAAGUUUCGAGUUUGUUACGUUUGAAACAGUGUCUUGUCUGUUCAAUCUCCAGUUAUCUAGUACUUUCCAAGUUCCCUCCUCACCCUCUCCCUCUCUCUCUCUCUCUCUGUUUUGUUUUUGAAUCCAAAGCUGUUAAAACCUCCACAUUGCAUACAUUUGCCAAUCUGUUUGUAUAUAUAUUCUAUGGUUUUUCGUAGAUGGAAUAAGGAAAACAUAUGCCUGGUUUCUAACUUGUUUUCUGUGCAUCGGAUCUGGGGUCUUCUUGCUUUCUGUCCAAGAGGCUGAUGCUUGAUCAUUGGGAGAAGCUGACCAAAUAAAAGUAGAUUGAGAUUGUGGGAGUGCGUUGUGAUCGAUUGGAUGGCUCAUAGGGAUAAAGAUUUCGAACUUGACCUUGAAAAUGGAGUAGCUGUUAGUGAAGAAGAAAAUUAUAGUAGAAGCCCUGUUUCAGGUGUUAAAAAGAAGGCACAGCUGUUGCUUGCUAAGGUUAAAGGGAGUUUCGCGGAGGGGUCAGAUGAUAGAGUAUCCUUGUCUGGUGAUGCUUCAAAUUCUGGUAGGGUAUAUGUGGAGAAUGUGCAGGUGGUGACAAGCAUGAAUAUGGAGGGACAAGACAGUAAAGAUACUAAGGAGAUGAAAUCAGUGAAGGAGAAACGUAAAAGCUUGAGUAAUAAAAAACCUCCUAAACCUCCUAGGCCUCCAAGAGCUCCAUCACUGGAUGCGGCUGACCAGAAGUUAAUUAGGGAGAUAGCAGAACUUGCCCGGUUGAAGCGUGCAAGAAUUGAGCGGAUGAAAGCUUUGAAGAAGAUGAAAGCUGCUAAGGCAACAUCUUCUAACAGCAACAUGUUUGCCAUGGUGUUUACCAUCAUCUUUUGUCUUGUUUUUAUUUUUCAAGGAAUGUCAUCCAGAGGUACAGUGGCAAGUCUUCAAGGAUAUCCUGUGCCAGCAGGACUAGUGGAGGGAGGUCUAAUUUCAGUUCAGUUCUUUGGGAAUCCAUCUCCAAGCAUUCCCAAUCAACCUGACUCCCGGUCUCCCGGUUUAGUGGAGCAGGUUGCCGGUUCAGAAGAUCAGGAAAAGCUGAGAAGAUUUGCUGGAUAAAAUAAAAUGUUGUUUGAAUGCAAAGGUUCUAUCUGUGGCUAUAGAUACAAAUCUUUGCGGUUCACAACUUCCCUUCCCUUCGAAGCCAUUUCGCCGGACCCUUUUUUGCAUUCACGGCCUUCAAUCUUUACACUUUGAGUUUGCUGGUAAUUUAUCCCGUGCAUGUAAAUGCUAUUUGAAGUUGGGGGUGAGCUAAAUUACCGUGUAAAUUUUUGGUGGCUUUUGGCCAUGGUCUCAAUAAUUAGCCUGGACAACAACUUUACCUGGUCAGCUUAUGUUGUGGGAUCAUGUAUUCUCUAUAAAGAUAUCCCAUUAAAGAGACUCAGAAUUCAAAUUUCUCCCCAGAUGGCACGGCAAGAUUUAUGCAGCCAGUUAUUUUUUUUCCUCUUAUACAUCAUGUUCAUUAAAAUAUGCUGUAAGAAAUUCCUAGAUUCAUGAGAACUAUGUGAUUUCAAAAUAAUAGUUUAAUAACAAUGUUCUUGUUGGAUGAUCUGACUCCAAAAUA